AUGGCCAACCGACCCAAGGAGAACUCUCCUCCAGGACCAGAUCCUGUUGAUGAUCAAGAUGAAGAAGAGGAGAAUCCUCAUGUCUCACCCCGAGAGUCCACUCCUCCAAGAUCUCCAACUCCACCAGAAUCUCCCAAACAGGUCCUCAUUCCAACCCCACCCCCAUCUCCAAAAACUACCAAAGUUCCAACUCCACCUCCAUCACCGAAACAGAAAGCUUUACUUUCUGCUCCUACUGAUAUUCCACCCAUUCUUACAGAAACAACAUCUUUACCCACCUCAUCUCUAAUUACCUCUACUAUACCCUUAUCCACUCCUCUUAUAACCGAAUCAAUAACCACUACCAUUCCCAACAUCAACGUGGAAGUUAAUGUAUCUGAUACAGGGGCUACUUCUGUGACUGAUACUCCGGUUAUAAAUAUACCACCAUCCCCAACCCCAUCCUCUGCUUCUGGUGCUACUCUUGGAGGAGAUGAUGAGGAUUAUGAUUCUCUUUAUUACAGUCCUUAUCGAAUUCCAACUGAAAAUGAUGCUGAUGCUCCUGUCACAAGUCAACAUAUACAGGACAUUCAUGACAAGUUAGAUCGACUGCUUGCUGAUAGUAAAGCUUAUGGUAGUGUUGUUUUAAAAGCUUUCUUGGAGACUGCUAUUAAGCAAUAUACAGAUGCGAUUGAUAGAUCGACAGAAGCAGUUGACAAGUCUGCAUCUUCCUGUGCGAAGGCUACAAAAGAAGUUUCUGAGGUUGUUCACACAACUCAGAUUUUUCUUGAUUCUCUGAAGUCUCAUGCUGACACUAAUCAAGCCAAAUUCCAAUCUUCGGUGGAUUCCUUUUCUAAAACUCUUCAAGAUGAAACCACCAAGUUUGAAGCUCUUCGUACGGAACUUAAAACAGAAUCAACAUCUUUUCUCCAAUCUAUGGAUUCUCGUUUUGUUUCUCUUGCUGUUGAAAGUACGUUGAAGGAGGACUUGAUCAAACAUCAAGCCACUAUCGAUAUACAGAAAGUUCAGCUGGCUCAGGCAGAAAAGGAAAUUUCUCUGUUAAAGACUCAAAGGGCUGUGUAUCAAAGUUGUGCUGGUGAUGUCAAAGCUAUGUUGACAACUCUACUUGCAGCUCAUGAUCCCUUCUUAACUUUAACCAUCCAGAAGCAUCUUCAGUCCAAACUUCUUCCUGCUAUUGCCAUUCUGAGUGAAAUGAUGGGUGUUUCGGAGAAAGUUGUUCUUCCGAAACAAGGGGGAGAGGAGAGUGCACAUCUGAAGUCCAAGACAGAAUCGAAGGUUAAUUUAGCUUCGGUUUCUGGGAAGCAAGUUCAAAUUGAAAGUGAUAGUGAUACUGAGGAGACUAUUGCUGAAGCUCUUCAAAGAAAGAAAAGGGACAGAGAGCUCAAUGAAACGAUGAAAGUGGACAGAGAGGCAGAAGAGAAAGCAAGGAGGAAUAAGGAAGAAGAGGAUGCCUUGAAAUGCAAAAAGACUCUGUUUCCAGAAUGGGACAGAGAUACACUUAUCAAUCAGGCGAUUGAGUUUCCUUCUGUCUAUUGGUUGGAACCAGUUGCUUCGUUUGACUAUGAUAACUCCAGAGACUUACAGUUCGACAUGCCUAUUACAAGAAAAGCAUUUACCUUUCAUUUCUUUGAUGUUACUGCUAAGUUUCCACAUCCAAAUCUGAAGGUUGACAGAGAAUUGAUCGAUUUCUAUUUAAAGAAUGGUCAACCGCAGUACUUGACUUAG